AUAUCAACAGAUUUCUACUGUUCCUGCUUUGUGGCUUUACCAAGCUUUGGCUCACACAGAUUAAGAAGGGCAGUUCAAGCAUUCACUGUAAAGCAUGAAAUAUGCUGGUUUUGCUUUGGUUGCUUUCCCUAACAAUUAUCCAUGUUCUGGAGGAGAAGCUUGUCCUGCUCAGCCUUGGCUUUCUUCCAGGAAAUGCUAGUUCACUCACUACAGGUGCAGGUAAAGAAAACAGCCAGGCCCUUUCCUGUUCCCGAAGGUGCUCAGAAAACAUAACACCAUCUAUGAUUCUGGGGCUCAGAAGAAAGAUAUGGAGGAUUCACUUCGUUCUUCAAAUGUGUGUAUAGCUGCAAAUAUAUCUGCAGUGUAUGAUUUAAGUGCACAGCUUCAGGUAUUUACACUUCUGAAGUCCUGAAUUUUAAGAACCACCCCCCCUGACAAACUGAUCUUCCAUGAGCUUACAAUGCAGGGGAUUCAGGCAGUAGAGAAAAAAGUUGCGUUGGUGAAGGAAUCCUUAUUCACAUCUACCAAAGAGAGCCAAGAGUGUAGCAGCAGACUUGGACUGAAAAGGCAACGGUGCCACGAGCCACCAUUGGAAGGAGCUGUCUGCAUCUCUCAGUGCUCUACUGAGCAUGUCCCGGAGGAGCCCUGUGCUAGCAGCACGUUAUGCAAAAAGGCAGCUCGAGCAGCAGCUGGGAGAGAGGCAGAGCAAGGCUUGGCUCUACUUGCAUCACCACCGCUUGAAAACAAACCUGGAUUUCUCGAGCGGUCUCGGCUGCCGGCAGGCUGGCCGAACGAAACAGAGCAGCAUGGCUUGAUUCCUGAUGCUGCAGGAUUGCUAAACAACAUGGGGAACCAAGAUGGGAAGCUGAAGAAGAACGCAGGUGAUGCACACGAAGGAGGUGAGGAUGCUUCUGGGCCCAAGGAUGCGGAGAGCACAAAGAAGGGAGCCGGGAGCAAAAAGGGGCUGGGGAGGCAUGGCAAAGGGAGCGAAUCCGGCAAAAAGAAGGGCAAGUCAGAGUCCCGAGCAUCUGUGUUUUCAAAUCUGAGGAUCAGGAAAAAUCUAUCCAAAGCUAAAGAUGGAAACAGCAGCUCCAGAGAGGAUGUUUUAGAAAGCCAGGCCUUGCAAACAGGGGAGCUGGACAGUGCUCACUCGAUUCUCACCAAAACUCCUGAUAUAAGCAUUUCUGCAGAUGAGGGGGGUCUCUCAGACACAGAUGUGGAGCAUUUUGAAAAUACAAAUGAAACUCGCCCAGCUGCUGCCGAGCCGCAGGAUGGACAAAGGACCAGCUCGGGCUCCGACACGGAUAUCUACAGUUUCCAUUCAGCCACCGAACAAGAGGAUUUGCUUUCUGAUAUCCAGCAGGCGAUCAGACUGCAACUGCAGCAGCAGCAGCAGGGGGCAAUUAAUGUUGGAACUGAGCAGCAUGGCCCCAAAACAAUGGACCUACACAUGGCUAAUUCUCAAGCAGCCCCUUUAGAUUUUGAAAGGUUCCUUUCAUUCAGCAGCGAGAAAGAUAGCAGCCCAGAAACUGAACAACCUUUCUCUGCUAAAUCGGAAAUUACAGACUACAUCCCUGCCGACAAUAUCGAAAGUGAAGUAAAAGGAGCGACAAAUGGAAUGGGCCAUUCCUGCAGCAGUGUAUUUGAUGGACAAGAAGAAGCCAGGCAGUUGCCAGGGGAUCAGGAACAACCUGCCAGUGGGCCGAAAGAUUUGUCCACUCCCGAUGGUGCAUUGUCAGAAAAGGGAACUCUGCAGAGCCAUUCUGUGUUUGAUUUCCCAUCCCCAGUGGGGGAAUCGGAGACCGAAGGAAUGGCAGUUGAAUUUGCAGCUACAGAAAGAGAGGAUGAUAUUAUGGAUACAGGCCACACUCAGGUUGAGGAUGAAGCCAAAGAAGAGAAAAGGGAGAUGUCAGCCAGCAGAGGAGCAUUAGAUGAUGAGUUUGCUCCUGAAAUGAAAAAUGGUAUUUUGUCCUCAGAGGACGUCUCAAGUACUCCCACGCAUAGUUCCAAGUGUUUAAAGCCCUAUCCUCCCAUCAACCCCUGCUACAUCAAAACCACCACGAGGCAGCUGAGUUCUCCAAACCACUCACCCUGCCUCUCCCCAUCCCAGAGUCCACUCUUUAAAAGGAGACGUGAGGCCCCUCGGAAGAAUGAGCAUGCAGCGACCAAGAAGCAAAGGUCCUCCAGUCUCGCUGGUCCAUUCAGCCGAUCAGCAGACUGGACUGAGGAGGUUUCAGAUCACAGGGGUGAAGCAGCUCGUAAGUCAGGCUCUGCAGAUUUCUUGGAGUACAGACAGAGCGGAGAUGGUUUCCAAGGAGAGAGAGUACCUUUGAAUCACUUGAGAAAGUCCUCAGGGAUCUCACCUUCUGCUGACACCUUCCCCAAUGUUUUUAGAGGUCGCACUCUGCUGGAAAAGCUGUCCAGCCAGCAAGAGAAUGCACCACAAGAAGAAGCAGAGAAGCUGUGUUCUUGGAUCAUUGCAAUGGGCCUUUUGCUCCCAUUUAGUGACUGCUUCCGAGAGCCUUGUGGUCAGAACGCGCAACAAAGUGCGCCAACAUUUGAUCAAGAUCAGCUUUACACGUGGGCUGCAGUAAACCAACCCACACAUUCAUCUGAUUAUGUUGAGGGAAGAUUUCCAAGAAGAAUUCCAUCAGUGUGGCCACCACCAAAGCCUCCAGAUGAAGAACAGAAAGUAAACCAUACAGAAAAAGAAGAUGGAAAAGAAUAUGCAGCUGCUGCGGUGGCAACAAAAACAGAAGGCACAGAGGAUGUCCAGAAGGUACAGGAGAAUGUUGCAAUGAAAUCAGAAGAGCGGGCGAGUGAAAUCCAGCGGCUGGAGCAGACCAUACAAGACCUGAAAACAAAAAUUGCAGAACUGGAGAAACAGUUUCCAGCAGCAGAGCCACUGGUCUCCAGCAACAGCAUCUCACGAAGUGAAAGCAGAUGGCCAACACAUGAGGGUCUCCUUAAUAUAGCUCUUCAGGAACAAGAACCAUGUGCCCUACCUAAAACUAUAACUGCAAAGUCUGUACAGACUUCACCAAUGGACGAUUGUUUAACACACGUAAUGCCUUCAGUCAACACACUGCCACAAGCUCCUCCCCAUUUCCAAGGGAAUCUGAGUCAAGGGUCAACUGAGCCAUUGCCAACACUUGAGCCACAGCCCACCUUUUGCUCUGAAAUCUCUCUUGUUCUCUCACCAAAACGGAUUUCUGUACAAUUGGAUGCUGCCCAAGAAAAGCUGACUUGCAGUGAACAGUCCCCUUCUUCAUCCAUUUCUGGCCCUACCACUGGAUUGUCUAUUUCCCUGCCUGGAGCAGGAGGUCCAUUUUUAAUGCCACCUUCUUCUGGUUCAGAUGUACUGCCUCUACCAUCCCUACCUGCCUCAGGACAUCUCCAAUCUUUACCUGGCACAAUGCUGCCUCCUGCCCCACCAUUGCCUGGCAAAGAGAUUCCUCCUCCACCACCUCUGCCUGGAAUGGACGUGUCACCACCUGCCCCUUCUUUAGCAAAUGUUUCUUCUCCACCUCCUUUAUCUGGAGCUGGAAUGGAUAUAGAGAUACCAUCACCACCACCUCUUCCUGUAAUGGGAGUGCCACCACCACCGCCACCUUUGCCAGGGGCAGCUAUUUCUCCUGCAGCAGCUUUGUCCAGCCUGGGUGUGCCCCCUGUUCCCCCACCUUUGCCUGGCAUGGGAGCACCUCUGCUUCCUCCUCCUCCACCGCUGCCACCUCCUCUACCUGGAAUGGAAGUGCCACCACCUCCACCUUUGCCAAGCAUGGGGAUUCCCCCUCCCCCACCUCUACCAGGGAUGGGAGUGCCAAUACCUCCACCAUUGCCAAGCAUGGGGGCACUUCCCCCUCCCCCUCCUCCUCUACCAGGAAUGGGAGUGCCACAACCUCCACCUUUGCUGGGCAUGGGGGCACCUCCCCCUCCUCUGCCUCUGCCUGGAGUGGCUGUACCACCUCCUCCACCUUUGCCAGGCAUGGGGGCACCUCCCCCUCCUCCGCCUCUGCCUGGAGUGGCUGUACCACCUCCUCCACCUUUGCCAGGCAUGGGUGUGCCACCUCCACCCCCUUUGCCUGGGGCAGGAGCUCCCCCUCCUCCCCCACCUUUACCUGGUGUGGGUGUGCCACCUCCCCCACCCCUUAGUCUUCCACACAUUUCUGGAUUUCUUCCCCCUCCUUUGCCCAGUGGUUUAUUUGUAAUGGGGCUGAGCCAGGAAAAAGGUAGCAGGAAACAUGCAAUAGAACCUUCUCGACCAAUGAAGCCUCUUUAUUGGACCAGAAUUCAACUUCACAAUAAAAGAGAUUCUAGUGCUUCACUUGUGUGGGAAAAAAUUGAAGAGCCUUCCAUAGAUUAUCAUGAAUUUGAAGAACUGUUUUCUAAAACAGCUGUUAAAGAAAGGAAGAAACCCAUUUCGGACACCAUCACAAAGACAAAGAACAAACAGGUUGUCAAGUUAUUAAGCAACAAAAGAUCACAAGCAGUUGGAAUAUUAAUGUCCAGUCUUCAUUUGGAUAUGAAAGAUAUACAGCAUGCUGUUGUGAACUUGGACAACUCGGUGGUUGACCUAGAAACUCUUCAAGCCCUUUAUGAGAAUAGAGCACAGUCAGAUGAACUGGAAAAGAUAGAAAAACAUGGAAAAUCAAGUAAAGAAAAAGAGAACGCCAAGUCUUUGGACAAACCUGAACAGUUUCUUUAUGAACUCUCCCUCAUCCCCAACUUCUCAGAACGUGUCUUUUGUAUUCUAUUCCAAUCAACAUUUUCUGAAAGCAUUUCUUCUAUUCAUAGCAAACUUGAGUUGAUGCAGAAACUGUGUGAGACACUAAAAAGUGGCCCAGGAGUUAUGCGAGUUUUAGGCUUAGUUCUUGCUUUUGGGAAUUACAUGAAUGGUGGAAACAGGACGAGAGGACAGGCAGAUGGCUUUGGAUUAGACAUACUUCCCAAACUGAAGGAUGUCAAGAGCAGUGACAACAGCAGAAGUCUUCUGUCUUACAUUGUCUCAUAUUAUUUACGCAAUUUUGAUGAGGAUGCUGGAAAAGAGCAGUGCAUCUUCCCUCUUCCAGAACCACAAGAUCUCUUCCAAGCUUCUCAGCUAAAAUUUGAAGAGUUUCAGAAAGAUCUCCGGAAACUUAAAAAAGACUUGCGAGCAUGCGAAACAGAAGCAGCCAAAGUUUGCCAGUUUUCCUUAGAGGAGCACAUCCAACCCUUUAAAGACAACAUGGAGAAAUUCAUUAGUCAAGCUAAAAUUGACCAUGAAAUGGAAGAGAAAUCUCUUGAAGAGACGCGUAAAAGCUUUCUAGAAACCGCCGCCUAUUUCUGUAUGAAAGCAAAAAUGGGUGAGAAGGAGGUGUCCCUAAAUGCUUUCUUCAGCAUUUGGCAUGAAUUUAGUUCCGAUUUUAAAGAGUUUUGGAAAAAGGAAAAUAAGCUUAUUCUACAAGAAAGACUUAAAGAAGCCGAAGAAGUCUGUAGACAGAAAAAGGGAAAAUCGCUUUACAAUAUAAAACAAAAACAUGAUUCUGGAAUUAAAGCAAAAAUAAGUAUGAAAAUAUGAGAGAAGAAAGGCACAUGUCAUUGUCGACCUGUUCAUAAACUCUAUCUUUCUGUGGGGAGAAAAGGGAAACUACAUCACAGCUCAUUUAUUUUCUUGACUAUUUUACAUUUGUCUUCUGGUUUGACUGAUUAGUAUCUACUAAGAACUUGACUGAAAAACAGAUUUGCUCUUGGUAGGGCCCAAUAGUAGAUGUUAUGGAUUUGAGACACGCGUCUUCCAUAUACCCCAUGCUACCCUUUGCAUCCCAAACUUAUUUUUGUAAUGUAAAUGGAGGAAUACUAAUAACAACUCAACACAGCCUUUGUAAGAGACAGUAUCUCAGGCUGCCCUAACUGGAAAUUGUAUAAGCAGACAAACGUUACACUCCUGUUCCUGCUGGCAAGUUGUUUGCAAAAGCAAAUGCACUUCAAUGCUGCAUUUCGAUUAGGGGAGGACGAAGUUGCUUCUCCAG